AUGGAGUUUCUCAAGAGGGUAUGCAGUGAACAUUCAGAUGGUCGUCUUUGCGACUUCUGUGAAAGCCAUCCAUGGGUAGGACCAGAGAGUGAGCGAAUACCUCAACCCAUACCUGACCCCAAGAACCCUCCACACUAUAAGAGCGUGUUUUGUACGCCAGUGAGAAAUGAUGAUGGUAGCCGCAGAGAUCCUGAUGACUGGCAGCCAAGGGCUCAGUUGAAACGCUUAUUUAAUUCAUCAGAAAUAACCCUCAAUGAUACAGAUGCCAUUAAAGAAUAUGCAACAAAGUUCGCUGUUGAUGAAAAAUACGUGCGUUCAUAUCUGGAGCACCUGACAACACUGAGACUCAAAGAAUCCAUCAGGUCGACUCAGAGUCAAACCGACAAAAGCAAACGAGACCUAAAAAGAUACAAUGAGUAUGACUGGCUAGACAUGUCUCUAAAAGGAAUUGCAACAACUAACUGUCAAAGAACUUGA